UGAAAAGUACAAGGACUCUUGUAUACUUCUGCAUGAAUGACAGUCCACCCGAAGAAGAAGAAUUUUAGGGUACACUGUUGAAUGUAGUUGACCAUUACCAGGUAAUUUGAGUGACUGUUUAUUGAGAACAUAGUAUUUUGUUUUCAUUUCUGUAAGUACCUUUUGUUGUGUUAUUCUAGUAAGAUAUGACAUGAUCAUUACCUCAAAGAUUGCACAUAUUUCUUUAAUAAUGGUGAACAAGAGACAUUAUACUUACUAUAAUUAUUACUACUGAUUUAUUAAUCUAUUUUUCUAUAACUUGGUGUAUUUAUUACUCAGGGAAAUCAUGUCAGAUGCCAUGCGGAGUCACGGUGCAAGCAGAAUGGCUAUGUGAUGAGCAAAAAACUUUUAACUAAACCUGAAGUAGUAGCUGCACGCAGGGAAGCCAUUAUGGGCACUUCAAUUUAUGGGCAUGCAUCGGACUACAUGCGGGUAAUUAAUUGACGCAUGCUGUAUGUUUAUGUUUCUUUGCAUGAAGAAGUUUAUAUCUUCUUCCAAAUUAAUGAUGUUGAGGUAAGGGCCAUAAAUGAGUUGAACAAAUUCAUUUUCCAGUUAAAGAAAAUCACCCAUAAUUUGUUGCCUUCUUCAGUGCAGGGAAACAUAUUGGAUUGAGUCUCUCCAUUCAGUGAUGCUCAUUUAUGCUGCAAAGCGGAUUCAUUAUGGGGAUGACACAUACAACAUGUACAUGGAGUUAGCCAUUCUUGAUUGGGUAAGAAACUUAUGUUGUUAAUUCUGCUCAAUUACUUUGGCACUUUUUGGAUUCACUGCCUUCCUUUGCUCAUUGACUCAUUUGUCUUACAGAAUAAAAAUGUGAAUCAAGAAGCAUCGUCUCCAUAGAUGUACCAACAUACCAGGCAUCCAAACCGCUUGGCAGAGACCAGGGUGCUUACUUCAAAGACAUUUAAUUUCAGAGAAACUAUCUGGUCUACCUUUUUUAAUAUAAACAAAUGAUGUCUCUUCUGUUUUCCAUUGCACCAAAGUUUCUGUGAUGAUUACAACUAGGAGCCCAAAUGUUCAGUAUUAAUAUGUGAGGUCAUUAGGGAGGACCAAUUCUAACAACUGCUGGUACCAAGCAAUGAAAACAUGAAUAUUAGGUUUGACACAAGGUAUUUCCAAGCAGACUCAUUCUCUGUUUCCUCCUGUUACUUUUCUUCGCACUGUAUAUCUUUUCCUAACCUAUAGGAAAGUCGCUAUAAUUUGCUGUGUGGACAUUGUAAAAUGGACCAUAAAAAAAAAAAAAUUGGGUACUUGGGCUCUCUUUGAGGUGGGCAUUUGUAUGAUAAUUUUAUUAUUCCCUUUUAUGCCCCAUAUAGGCAAUACCAGGAGGGUUAGGAAACCUUGAGCUCACAUCUUUUAUAACACAAUUGGGCAUCCUUUCCCGCACUACAUUAACGUGGUCCCCCAGUUCGACUUUUCUAGCCUGGUAAACAGGGUCUUUCCAGAGCCCACAUUUGUUCAAUGCUCUCCAGUACGUCUUCUAAUCUUUUCUACGUCGCACGUGAUUUUGAAUAUGUGCUUCGCGAUAGCCAAGGUAUUCGCGACUGUCGGUUGUUACACAUGGCGUUUGCCAACAGUAAAUACACAUUUCGAACUCGUCCCCUCUUGCAUCAGCUAUUGUGGAGAUAAGGUGAAAUGACUGUUAGAGCGAAAGCGCAACUGAACGGUCAUGAAGUCAGAUAUGAUCGUACAACUAGUCUUCCCGCCUACAUUUUAUUUUGGACAAUUUUUACGUACAUUUUUCAUGUUUAAUUGGCACGUAUGCCCAUGGUGUAGCAUAAAAUAUCGCAAUAAAUAUAACUUGUAGUUCUAAAGAAAUAACUCCUUUCAAAAUAUUCUUAGGCAGGACAAAACAUUCUUAGGCGGGACAAAACAUUCUUAGGCGGGACAAAACAUUCUUUGGCGGGACAAAACAUUCUUCGGCGGGACAAAACAUUCUUAGGCAGGACAAAACGUUUUGUAGGUGACACGCAAGGCUGCAUUUCGGAAAAUGGAGGCAUCAAAAGGAAGCAGUGUUUGACAUGAACUGUCGCAUCAUACGAAAAAAUCUGUGGUUUGCAAAUAUAUUCUAACUAGUAUUUCCUAGUUCAAAAAAAAUCUGCAAUUAGUUACUUCUAGAAAAUUAUUGCGUUACGUGUGUGUUUCGAUCUUGGUGAUACAUUAUCACAGUGAUUGUUGGUAUCGAACUGUA